AUGGCGUUCGUCAUGACGCGGCUGAAGGGCAUUGCACUCAACAUUUACACGGAUAUGCAACUGUUUCGCCAGAUCAAGGACCGUUUGCGCUGCGGUACCUCGGCGGCGGUUGUCUUCCUUGAGGGAUUCCAAGAAGUAAAGCGGCUUGUUGUGAACUUAUCACGCAAGCAGCCAGGGCACGCGUGGCGCAGCGGUGAGCGAUGGCUUCUUACCGGUGAGGUAUUCGAAAAUCUUCCGCUGCACCUUUGCGCCACCGUCGUGCAGGCGAUCAAGGCGAUGGCUAUUGCCUACGACAUGGUUGCUGCGUCUGACGUCGAGACUGUGUCAGCAACGAGGGUCGAAAUUGUGGCCAAUGCGGACUUGCUGUUUAUGCUCUGGAGAGCAUGCUACACCGCCCGCAAGCCGCCACUUCCCGUAAACAAUAGAGUUGCCUCGCGAGGCUAA